AUGACGGAUAUGUGUAUGGGGACGUAUACGCCGAGGGCGACGGAUGGGGAUACGAAGAUGAAUGUGAGUGGUUGUACGCCUAUGAAGGCUAUGUAUCACUUCGAUCCAACCUACCAACUCCAGAAAGAACUUGAUUCCGGACCAUUGGAGGGGAAAAUCAACCUAGCUGAUCUUGGAUAUUCGGACGACAUCAAAAACGGCAUCAAAGCCUUCAACAUCGCCAUGACCGCCAUGUUCAUCCUCUACUGCAUCGGCGCCGCCGCCGCAGGCCUCUGCAUCAUCCUCGCACUUAUCUCCAUCUUCUCCACGGGCUGCCUGACUUCGUGUCUCAAUUUCCUGCUGGCGAUCAUGGCGUUCCUGGCGCUGGCGAUAUCGAGCGCGAUUGUAACGGCGAUUAUGGUAGAGGCGACGGAGGUAGUUAAUCAGUAUGGCAAUAAUGUGGGAUUAUAUGCACACAAGGGAAGUUCUUGGCGAUGA